AUGGCUUGGUGUGACAUAAACGGCUCAGUUCCGAGCCGAGGUGACCGGCUUAGAAAUAUCUUGUCCAAAUUCCCAAUGAAUAGGGUUUGCCAUUUGUGUAAGAGAGGGAGAGAUAAACAAAACUGGCAAGAAUACAGGUUUUGUAUCCGUCCUUGUCUUGUGGAAAAACUGGCAAGAACACAGGUUUUGUAUCCGUCCUGUCUUUGUGGAAAAACUGGCAAGAAUACAGGUUUUGUAUCCGUCCUUGUCUUGUGGAAAAACUGGCAAGAACACAGGUUUUGUAUCCGUCCUUGUCUUUGUGGAAAUACUGGCAAGAAUGUUUUGUAUCCGUCCUGUCUUUGUGGAAAAACUGGCAAGAAUACAGUAAACCGCAAAGGACCAUACAUUGGCCUUAUCACAGUGUUUCCACCAGAAGAGACUGCCUUUUUUCAGAUUGGGGCGUUUAAGCCUAAUCAAAAGCAUCCUUCUGUGGAUCUCUCAGGGCGGCGAUUCCUGGUGGGAAAGAUCCAUGACAAGAAAGUAGUCUAUGUGAGAUGUGGAGUUGGGAUGGUGAAUGCUGCUGCAGCAACACAGCAAAUGCUGGAUCUAUUUGAUAUUCUGGGAAUUGUCCAUUUUGGAAUUGCUGGCAAUGCCAACAAUUCCUUGUCUGUUGGUGAUGUUACCAUUCCCCAACAGUUUGCUCACACUGGCAUUUGGGAUUGGCUGAACCCAAAUCGAUCUUCGAAUAACGAUGAAGUCGCGAACUUGGACUUUAAAAGAUACAAUGUACCAAGAGGAGAUAAUCUGUUGGGACACAUUGGAUUUAGUUAUGAACAAUUUUUUUCUGAGUAUGGGAAGGCCAACACUGCUCGGCCGCUGUUUUGGGCAAAUACUACUCGGCAGUGGCUUCAGGUUGCUGCCAACUUGAAGGGGAUCAAACUGAACCAAUGUUUGAAUUCAAGUGUGUGUCUGCCACAGAAGCCGCAGUUAGUUGUUGGUCUUAGGGGCUCGACAGCCAAUAUUUUUGAGGACAAUGCAGCUUACAGGGACUUCCUCUUUCAAACUUUUCGAGUUUCAUCCGUGGACAUGGAAAGUUCAGCUGUGGUAAUGACAAGCUUGUCAAAUGGCUUCCCGGUAAUCGUCAUUCGAGGGCUAUCUGAUCUUGCAGGAGGACAAUCAGGACGUAACUCAAUUGACAUCUUUGGGUCUCUUGCGGCUAUAAACGCUUGCAAAGUAGUUGUACAAUUUAUCAAGCAACUGCAUCUUGAUACUAGGGAACCUGGCUUCCCAAGAUCUAUACACCCCUAA